AUGGGACUUCUACAUAGCUUCUUGACCGCCAUCACGGCAUGUGCUGCUUUCAUUGUAGUAUACACAGUAUCAUGCAUCUUCUACAAUCUUUUCCUCCAUCCACUUCGACACUACCCAGGGCCAAUUUCCAUGAGAGCGACAAGAUGGACCUUCUGCCACAGACUCAUUAAGGGCGCUCUUCCCAUGGACGUCUUGGAACUUCACAAAAAAUACGGAGACGUAGUCCGUGUCGCCCCAGACGAACUGGCCUACUGCAACGUCAACGCUUGGAAAGACAUCAUGGGCCACCGGUCCGCAGGCUCACCAACAUUCGAAAAAGCCCUGAAAUUCUACCGCCCGACAGCCGAGCAACCCAUCAACAUUGUCAACACCAAUGGUGCAGAGCACGCGAUGCUGAGGCGGCAGCUCUCCCACGGCUUCAGCGAGCGCAGUCUUCGCGACCAGCAGCCUCUGAUCAUGAAGUACGUGGACCUCAUGAUCCAGCGCCUGCACGAGAAUUGCUCUGGCGAAGAACCCGUUGACUUGAUGGCCUGGUAUAACUUUACCACGUUUGAUAUUAUUGGGGAUUUGGCCUUUGGUGAACCGUUUGGGUGCUUGGAGAAGUCGGAGUACCAUCCGUGGGUCAAGGCUAUUUUCCAGUCGGCUCGCCUUGGCGUAUUUGCGCAGACCGCUGGCCAUUUUCCCUUUCUUAAGAAGAUUCUCUUCACGCUAUUGGCGACGGAGGCUGCGAAAAAGGCUAGAGGCGAAAAUUUGGCCAGGGCCAAGGCCAAGUUGGAGAGGCGCAUGGAUAUCGGCAGGAAGGAGGGUGGCAGACCUGAUUUAAUUGAGGGCUUAUUGAAGAAGAAGGACGAAUUGAAUAUCUCGUUCGAGACACUCGCGGCAAACAGCAACACGCUCAUCAUUGGUGGUUCUGAGACAACAGCAACGUUACUGGCCGGAGUCACCUACUAUCUCCUGAUGAAUAGGGACUGUCUGGUCAAGCUCACGAACGAAGUGCGAACAGCUUUCAAGACGGAAGAUGAGAUUGAUUUGGUUUCUGUCAAUAAGUUGACCUACAUGCUCGCUUGCUUGGAUGAGGCACUCAGAGUCUAUCCUCCAGUCUCAAUGGGCCUCCCAAGAGUCACGCCAAAGGGCGGAGCGACUAUUUGCGGAAAAUUCGUGCCUGAGAACACCAUCGUGGCGAUUCACCAGUGGGCCAUCAACCACAACGAGAAAUAUUUCAAAGACCCAUACGGAUUCCACCCCGAGAGGUUUAUGGGGGAUGAAAAAUUCGCAUCGGAUAACAGGGAGGCUUUCCAACCUUUCCACAUUGGCUCAAGAAAUUGCUUGGGGCGGAAUCUGGCCUAUGUUGAAAUGAGACUCAUUCUGGCCCGCCUCAUUUGGAACUUCGACGUUGAAAUUGACGAGGACUACACAGACUGGGCCAAGAAGCAGCAGGUCUUCAUCUUGUGGGAUAAAGGCCCCUUGAAGGCGCGCUUGACACCAGUAGCGCGAUAGAGGGCACACACGACUUGAAUAUUCUUUUGCGUCGAGAAACCAUGGGCAUGUAAGGGGUCAGGCAAGUAAAUUAUGUAUGUUAGGAACAGGA